AUGUUGACAACAAACAUUGUCAUUGAAGAGCGCCCUCAAAUUUAAAAGGCUUCAACACCACACAUUCUUUCGCGCGAAAAGAUUGUUGGACUUUAAAAAGAAAGUGGCCAAAAUUAAAAAUUAAAACAAAAAAAUGGAACGUGAGCAGUUAAAAAAAUACAGGUCCCCUCUUGUCGCUCGUUAUGCUAGCGAGGAAAUGGCUUUCAAUUUCAGCGAAGAGAAGAAGUUUACGACAUGGCGUAAACUCUGGCUUUAUUUGGCAAAAGCUCAGCAGACAUUGGGCUUGAAAAUAACGGAUGAACAGAUUGUAGAGAUGCAGAACAAUAUUGAGAACAUUGACUGGGAUAUGGCAGAAGAGGAGGAGAAACGAAGGCGUCAUGAUGUCAUGGCACAUGUCCACACCUUCGCUCAGUGCUGUCCGAAAGCGGCCGGGAUAAUUCACCUUGGCGCAACUUCAUGCUACGUUGGCGACAAUACUGACUUGAUCGUAUUGCGUGAUGCUUUAAACAUAGUACUCCCCCGUCUUGCAAGAUGCAUUCAACGUCUGUCAGUUUUUGCAGAAGAAAACAAAAGUGUAGCAACUCUAGGUUUUACUCAUUAUCAACCAGCACAACUCACUACAGUUGGGAAGCGAGCUUGUCUCUGGAUCAGUGACCUUUGCAUGGAUCUUCGCAACCUGACCCGUGCCAGAGAUGACCUCAAGUUUCGUGGAGUAAAAGGAACAACAGGGACACAAGCCAGUUUUUUGGCGCUCUUUGAGAAGAAUUCUGAGAAAGUAGAAAUGCUUGAUCGAAUCGUUACAGAGAUGGCUGGUUUUAAACAAGCUUAUAUAAUAACUGGACAAACCUACAGCCGGAAGGUGGAUGUUGAUGUUCUGUCUGCAUUGGCAGGGCUUGGAGCAACUGUCCACAAGAUCUGCACAGAUAUUAGACUGCUAGCAAAUUUGAAAGAACUUGAAGAACCCUUUGAAAAGGAACAGAUAGGAUCCAGUGCAAUGCCAUAUAAGCGAAAUCCAAUGCGUAGUGAGCGUUGUUGUUCUCUGGCCAGGCAUCUAAUGACCCUCGUAAUCGAUCCUCUGCAGACACAUUCAGUCCAGUGGUUUGAGCGUACUCUGGACGACAGUGCAAAUAGAAGAAUAUGCCUAGCAGAGGCUUUUUUAACAGCUGACAUCGUGCUUAGCACGUUACAGAAUAUAUCCGAAGGACUUGUCGUUUACCCAAAGGUAAUAGAGAGACGUAUCAACCAAGAGCUGCCGUUUAUGGCGACAGAGAACAUCAUAAUGGCAAUGGUGAAAGCAGGGGCAAGUCGACAGGAAUGUCAUGAAGAGAUACGGAAACUUUCACAGGAAGCAGCCGCUGUUGUCAAGCAAGAAGGUGGUGAAAACGACCUUGUUUUACGUAUCAAGAGUUCCUUAUAUUUCAGCCCCAUUCACAGUAGUUUGGAUGUGAUGUUGGAUCCUUCUUCAUUUGUCGGCAGAGCGCCAGAACAAGUUUCAAAGUUUCUUAUAGAAGAGGUUCAGCCAGCAUUAAAGCCAUUUGCAAGUUUCCUGGAUAAGAUAUCAGAGCUCCAACUAUGAGGCCUAGCAAUGAAGAACUGCUCUUGCAAAACCUAUGAUUCAUAGAUUAACAACUGCUCUUUCCCUGUAUCCACGCUUGACUGUUCUUGCAAGGCCUAGGAUGUAAAAUAGCGAGCAGCUAGUGAUAGAGGCUUAUCUUAUGUUCCAAUGACCUACUCUUACAGAACUUUCAAUUGCACGAGCAAUUUCAUCUGGGAUGAAAUCAUGUGCACAGGCAUAGGGGUAUUGUUGUCAUCUAAAUUCUAAGACAUGCUUUGAGCUGAAUCUACAUUGUCAGAAUCUGCAGGACGAUCAUGGCUGUAGGAAUCCAUCUGAGGGUCACAUGGGUACAGUCAAAAGCGCCCUACUAUUGCAGGGGUAAUUUAGAUCAUUGGUGUCGGCCAGAGUUUGCCUUGUGUAAGGAUUCAUAGAUGGCCAGAAAUUGCACUGAUAUCCUGCUUUUGUUUUCUAAACUAGUCUUCUUUAGUUGAUUGUCACAUUCUGUUUUAUGAGGCUUACAUCUUAAAACCAGGGUACAUUCUCAAACCGAGUAAUUUAGCACAAGAAAGUACUGUAACAUUUUUACUCAUAACUUUAACAAUAGUAAGCCAAUUCCAAUAAAUGACCUAUCAUUUUAAUGCUUAUAAUUUGGAGAAUAUGAACUUUAAUAUCAAAAAAGUCAAAUUUUUUGUGUUGUUGACUGAUGCUGGUUUUGGCAUGCAUGGCAAUAAUCCUCACCUAAGAGGUGUUUGAUUUAUCUGUAUUCAUGUCAGUAAUAAAUAUUAAAAUGGUCUGUAAUAUAACAAAGAACUUCAA